GCGGGGGAGUGGCUUGGGCGUGAGUCACGCCCGGGGAGAGCGUAUUGAAGUUCAACAGAUGUACCGGGUGCGAGGAGACAGUGCAGAACGCCACGACAAAACAAACGUCCAUGGACUUUACUGCAGUUCACAGAAACAUUCUCAAACAACUGGAAAUACACCUUCAAAUACGCUAUAUCGUCAGCAACUUGUAAAGUAGAGAGAUCAUAGCGGAGGUUGGGUCAUGCUGUCAGGCCCGGCUGUUUUGCAGGCCGCAUCAGUAUGGUGUCCAGAUGAUUGUGACCAGUGCAAUGAAAGUGCCGAAGCUCACAGGCUGUCCUGAGGCUGGAGAAUGAUCGGAUACAUCAAGAUGGCUGACAGCACAAUCUGAAACACACACACACACACACACACACACACACACACAGCAUAUACAUUUGCCUGAUGACUCUCUUAAGGCGCUGGUCUACCCAAACACUGUGCGCUAGCUGGGAGGAGUUGCCAUGUCAACCAUAAGUGCCAGUCAGGUGGUAACCAUGGCGCUGCUCGUUGUUCCGUGGGUGGUGAUGUCUGUUCUGGUGACCAUAGCUGUGGAAGCCAGCGAUGAGGAUGUCAUACCACGCAUCAUCUUCCCCUACAACUCCAAGGAGCGUGUUGUCAGGCAGUUCUCACCAGAUGGAGUGUUCAACUAUACCUCACUGCUACUCAGCCAAUCACAAGACACGCUUUAUGUGGGGGCCAGAGACACUCUGUUUGCCCUUGACGUCAGUGACAUCACAUCGCACACACAACAAAAGAUGUUGUCAUGGGAAACGCCGGAGAAGAAGAGAAAGGAGUGCGGCUUUAAAGGGAAAGACCUGCAAAAAGACUGUUUCAACUACAUCAAGCUUUUGCUCCAUCUGAACGACACGCACCUCUAUGUGUGUGGAACCUAUGCCUUCAGCCCAGCCUGCACCUAUGUUCAUGCUGCUAGUUUGUCACUGGUGACGGAUGAGCAGGGUGAGGUUCUUAUGGAGGACGGCCGCAGCAGAUGUCCCUUCAGCCCCGAGUACCAGAACACUGCUGUCAUCGCAGAUGGGAUGCUGUACACGGGCACGGUCAGUAACUUCCAGGGUAAUGAGCCGACCAUCUCCAAGAGCCUGGGCACCGGGGCGUCUCUCAAAACAGACAACUCCCUCAACUGGCUGGAAGAUCCCGUGUUUGUGGAGUCUGCUUACAUGGCAGGCAAAGACGGAGAUGAUCAGAUUUAUUUCUUCUUCAGCGAAACAGGGAGGGAGUUUGAUUUCUUUGACAACACCAUUGUGUCCCGUAUAGCCCGUGUCUGCAAGGAUGAUGAGGGCGGUGAGAGGGUGCUUCAGAAGAAGUGGACCACGUUCCUGAAGGCCCAGCUGCAGUGCUCGCUGCCUGAUGACGGCUUCCCCUACAACAUCCUACAGGACGUCUACAUUUUAAAGGCCCCCACCCGUGAACAGACACUGCUCUAUGCUGUCUUCACCUCCCAAUGGCAUAAAGGAGCAUGGGGUAGGUCAGCUGUGUGUGUCUUCACUAUGGAGCAAGUGGACAAUGUGUUUAAUGGCCGCUACCGAGAGCUGAAUCGAGAAACGCAGCGCUGGACGACACACACACAACCUGUUCCAGAACCCCGCCCUGGAGCGUGUGUGAGCAACUCGGUGAGAGAGAUGGGGUACGACUCGUCCUUGCACAUGCCUGACAAGGUGCUGAACUUUGUGAAGGACCAUUUCCUCAUGGACGGCGUGAUCCGGAGCUCUCCGCUGCUGCGGACACAGAGCGUUCGGUACACGCAGAUCGCCGUGCAGCGCGUCCAAGGACUGCACAAGGUCUAUGAUGUCAUGUUCCUAGGCACAGAUGAUGGGCGACUGCAUAAGGCGGUGAGUGCUGCUGACAAGAUCCACAUCAUCGAGGAGAUCGCCCUGUUUCCCAGGCAACAGCCCAUACAGCACAUUGAACUGGACUCAGGCAAGGGUGUGUUGUUUGUGUCGUCGUACUCCGGGGUGGUGCAGCUGGGUGUGAGUAGCUGCUCGGCCCAUGCCACCUGUGGGGAGUGUGUGCUGGCCAGAGACCCCUACUGCGCCUGGGCCACAACGCGCUGCACUGACGUCACACGCACUACUCCACAGAGUCAGUGGCAGCAGAACAUUGAAGAUGCAGACCCCUCCUCAAUGUGCAACGCCACUCCUAGCCUACAGUCUGUGAAAUCACAGAGCCAAGGCACGUCAAUUUGUCAGGUGGUGGUCGUUCCCGCCAACACCUUCCGUGUCCUCCCGUGCAAGCUCCGCUCAAACCACGCCCACAGGACGUGGUCAUACAGCCCCAGCACGCAUCACUUCCUGUUCCCCGCCCCCGAGGGCGGACUGGUGGUGGGUGGUAUCGAGGGGGCCGAGCGGGCCUACGCCUGCUGGGCGGAGGAGCGCGGCUUCCGCCAGCUGGUGGCCAAUUAUUGCGUGAGGGCGGACCCGAGGCUCCAGGGACGCGCUCCCAUUGGGCAGCCGAGAGCACCGCCACAUCCCCUGGAGGAGGAGACACUCGUCCUGCCCGACAGGUCUCACUCGCCGCGGGGAGGGAGAACCAGGACAUACCGGGCCGAGUUGAUAGCCGUGUGCGUGCUCCUGUGCGUGUGCGUGCUGUGCUUUGGCGUGUGUGUGGUGUACGGCCGCGCGAGGACGCCGACCACACCACAACAACAGCAACAGAAGCAGAGGAUUGGGGGUAAACCGACAGAGAGCUUGCCCCUGAACGGCAGCUCUAUUCCCACGACCCCGUCUGAACUCAAGGGCUAUCAGACGCUGGAGGAGAACUACUGCGCUGUCGCCCACACAAACACUCACGCUCUGUCGCCCACACACCCGCCAUCACACGUGCAGCGGGACAGCACACUGGCGGGAGAGACACAGACUGCCGGAGACAGCUCUCCCAUCUGCCCGAGGCCUCGUGUCAGAUUAGGUUCAGAGAUCAGAGACUCCAUAGUGUAGGAAAGCACGUCACACACACACACACACACACACACACACACACACACACACACACACACACACACACACACACACACACAGAUGAGGAACAAUGUUCCCAUAACAUGCUUUCAAUUCACAUCACGUCAGACCCACAGACUCUUCCAUAUACAAACACAUUCUAACACAGUCAGUAUGCAAAGGCGAUAGCCAGACACAUUCAAAUGGAAUUGACAUGAAAACCCAUAGAAGCGGAACACUGCCCUUCACCUCCAAACAUCACCAUCAGUUGUCUACUGUAUGUUCAAGCUGUGUGAUUUUUACCUCGCGAUAUAUUACAGUGAGAAGGACUCCCUGAUCACGGCGCCUGCGUUGUACAGUACAGCGCUCAUGAUGACGAGUGUUCACUCUGGACACCACUCACUCCUCACACAGUGACGGGCAACCUGGAUUCAGAAGGUACAAGCCGGUGGGGUCACAUAUUCCAAAUGACCAGACGUGCAUCUUGUCACCAGGCCACGUAGGCAGCCGUUUGGGGCCCUCAACGUUUUUAGAUGGUGAAUAACAGCUAAGACUUUAAACUACAGUUGUGGCGAUUUGUUGCGAAUGUUCAUUCUUUUGAAUUUUAGGGUCCCAACUUAUCUUAGAAUCGCCUCUGCAAAUUACCUGGAUUUACGUACAUAAAUAGGCCUAGCUCAAUUGCACUGUUAAAAAAAACAUCAUUUGGAAAAUAUAUAUAUCACUGGAUUAUAUCUUCUGAUUCCAGGUUGUUCAUGGCUGCCGUAAAGUGCCCAACCCCAAGUGUACCAUCAUCUUUCUUUUCUGACCGGUCUGACGUUACAGAGGCCAUACAUGUCUUCCUCAGCCUUUUAGAUGUGCUCAACACAUGCCUUGUGGGAUGAAGUGGUCCGCACACUGGGCAUUAGCUCAAAAAAAUAUA